AUGGAGCACACUCCCAUGGAUAUCGAUUCACCCGGCGAAUAUGACUUCAAAUACGGUCCCAUGGAGGAUCACAAGCCUGUUCAAUUCCCAUACAAUCCAUCCGCCUGGAUCACGAAGAAUGGCCAAUCUCCAGCCCAAACAAACCAUGUGGGUAGGUUGAGCGUUUUGCCCCUUGACAUUUUCUGGACCAUGCUCGAUGAAUGCCUUUUCCGAAAUGGAGAUCUUACUCUGCAGCACGAGGAAUUCCACACUCUUUUCAGUCUCUCGCAGGUUGACCCCCGAUCAAACAAGUAUGUUGAAGGAUACACUGCCCGUCGCAAACCACAGCACUUCCUUCGUCGCGAGCUGGGAGAAAUCGAGACUUUGCCUUACAACGAAGGUGACAAUGGUGAGUCCUGGUACCCAGGAGACGCGACUGACUUCCACAGGAACGAUAUUGACGAUUUCCUUGGCCGUAUCUUCCAAGUGGACUGUCCUUCAUGUUUCGCUUACCUUCUGAACUACUGCGAAGUGGACAUUGGGAAUUGCAUUAAAUCCGGCUGGAGUUUUGUUGCUCUCGCUAUUAUUCAUAAAUCUGUUAAGAUCUUGGAGUACAUGCUCAAUCACCCCGGUUCAUCCCAUACUUUGCCAAUUCUUCUUCUCGGUUCCGCAAAUAUCAACUUCCCUCGACCCACUCCCCUCGGUCUUCUGGGCAAAUUUGGAAACAAAGAGUAUCUGGAUCAAAUCCUGGAUCUGGUUGGAGACCGCCUCGCUAACCUAAGACUUCCUAGUGUUGUCGCCGGUGCUUUCACUGCAGAUGACCUGCUUUGGCUGUGCGCGUAUAUAACCCCGAAUCAGGCACAGCGCCUACAGGCACUGGGAGUCUCUGUUACAGACACCCGCGAACCAGAAACUCAUUCAACUUCCUGGCAUGGUGCCGCUCUGAACGGUGAGGAAUUCCUGGACUACACGAAGAUGACUUCACGCAUCAGCCCCUUCGAGAUCAACGAGGAUGGACACACACCGCUGGGCCUCGCAGUAUCCGAAGGCCGACUCGACGUGGUGAAAUGGUUCAAGAAGAAUGGCCUUGCGCGAGUGUCACAGGAAUACGGUAAAGUGACCGAACUUACAUUGGCAAUGCAGCAAAACUCGGGAGACAGCACAUGUAUGGUUGAAGAGCUUCUCUCCCAGCGAACCCGGUACAUAUAUCAGCUCACUCUGCGCCGCUGA